AUGCCUGUUGUAGCUCAUUGUGAAAAUGGACUUACAUUUGAUGUGUUUGCUGAGAAUGCAUCUUGGGUUGGAUGUGAUUACUAUGCUUUGAAGUCUGGCAAGGCUGCGUGGAUCAAAGGCAAUCAGGUGAAGUAUUACGAUCUAAAAGAUAAGAAAAUGAUUCUGGAGACGGAGAUGGAAAGGCCCAGAGAGAUUGAGAUGUCCGAUGAUGGCAAGAAUGUAGGAGUGGCUAAUGGCAAGGGGGAAAUGGUGGUUUUUGGGAAAGACGGGGUUAUGCUAAAGGUAGAGAAUGUAUCCAAGUUUAGAAUUUCCAACACCUUGGUUGGAUAUGUCUCGAAUUCAUCAUUUUUCAUUCAUCAGAUCAAAGAGGAUAAAAUAGAAGAGUGCCCGUUCCACACAUCAAAGGUCUCCAUAUUAGAGUUCUUUAUUUCUGGAGAAUUUGUUUUUCUUGCGACAAGAAGGCUCGAGAAGGAUGGAAUGCACAGGCUUCUGCGUAUAAGUAAAAGCUCGGUAGAAGUCCUCCAUAGCCUGAAAGAACUGCAAGGAUUUACCUUGAAAGCACAUGAGUCUGGAAGAUACGUAUUGCUUCUUCUGAUGACGUCCUAUGUGAACAACAGCUAUUUCCCGGAGUCCGACCUAUAUUUGCAUGACAUUGAUAGACGGUCUUUCAAAAGCCUUGGAUACUCGCCUGUUCACUCGUACGCCUUUCUCUCUAGUGGAUUUGUGGUAUGCCACGGGCCACAGCCUAGCGAUGUCUCGGUUCACGAGCUGGAUGGCAAACUGAAGCACAACUUUCCAGAAGGUACCAGAAAUAGGGUAUUCUUCAACCAGCACGAGAAUGUUGCUGUAUUUGCAGGAUUUGAUAACCUCUCUGGGGAUAUAGAAGUGUUUCAUGCUCCUUCAAGAAAGCUCAUAGCAAAGUUCAAUGUACUUGGAGCAUCUCUGGUUAACUGGAAAGAAAACGGGUCAUACUUUUAUAUUUCAACAACAAGUUACUUCCAAGAAGAUAACAAGAUAACACUCUAUGACUACUAUGGGAGAAAGGUAGACGAAAGGAGAUUUGAGUCUUUGUUUUCCUCCAGUGUCUAUGGAGAGACGGAAGAGUUCAUUGAGAUAGAGAAGCCUGAAAAGCUGAACAUCGAGAUUCAGGAAAAGUACGUUCCGCCCUCCAUCCAUAGCUUUAUACCGAAGGCUGCAUUUGAGAGCAAUGUGGCCAAGAAACAGGAGAGGGCAAGGCAGCAAAAGCCAAAUGGAAGAACCAAGGAUGAGAUUUUGAGUGAUCUUAAGGAGAUUGAAGGUCUAAAGGGCAGAAUGAAAAAUGGAGAAGAGCUAUCUGUGAAGGAGCUGAACUUGAUUCUGAGAGAGUCAAAACUAAAAAGCGAUCUGAAGAGCCUUGGAGGGUGA